AUAGUCGCUAAGAGUUCUCCAAAGUUUAAGAGCGCGAAAGUAAAUCACAAAAAGGUUUUUCAUCUUUCGACUUAAGAAACUUUAAUCAAAACCCGUAAUCUUUUAAUGCCAUUAUUUGGGGAGAGUUAUUUGAAAGGGGUGAGAAAAUAAUGAGACUCGAUCAAUCACUUUUGACAAGUUUAGGUUAAAAAAGUGGGUUAACUUAAUCAGUUUAUCAAUAACUAUGACAGAAGUGUACCGCGGCAUUACGCGGACGUGUUUAUUUGCGGUGCAACUACAGGCGCGAGCGCAACCACGUUGCCGCUACUUCAGUAGGCCCGCGAGGAGCCGAACGAAACGCGCGUCGCUUACGCGCGCAACCACGCAAUCUAUUCACCCGGACACAUCUCGUGCUAGUUUAGCAGCAGUAGUCAAUCGCGACAUGGCGCAUCACCCUGAACAUGGUAAACAAAGACGAAAUGACCACUUGCUAAAAAAUUUACCUACAGAGGUACUACUGAAAGCAAGAAGUACACUGUUUUCGCUGAGUGGUGCACUAAAAUCUAAACAAGACCACAACACAACGACGUUGAAACACGAGUCAAAGAACAAAAAGAACCAAAACUUGAAAAAUAGUCGAUCAGAACCAGAAUUUAGAGAGUUACACUCCAAUAGACGAAGGAGCCGCGCCGACGGUGGUGGUCCUAAAGAUUAUGCAGGUGCGAGGCCGAGACCAAAAUCAGUAGGACCCAUGAAAUUAUAUGACAAUGAAGAGGAAUUCCAAGGUAUAAGUGAACAUAAAGAAACGCCAUCGCGGUUAAGGCAGUUCGAUUCCACGGAAGACGUUUGUGUUCAGUCCCGACUUGUGAUACCAGUAAUUGAUAGAUUCGGUAGUCAAGAGAUACAAGACAUUAGUGAAAGACCCCGAAAAAAACUCUCAUUUCGUGAACCGGAAAUAGUUCCCAGUGGUAUUCUUACAUUAGGUAGAUCAAACAAACAUAUGGGUGUCAAUAGUCUAACACGCAAACCCAACAGAUUAUCUUUGCGCGCUGAAGUGCAUUCUUCAAGCUUAAAUGGCCUUGAUUCUGAUUUAGAGAGCCAAGCCAUGCGGAUCGUGCGCACCGUGGGGCAGGCGUUCGAGGUGUGCCACAAGAUGCAGAUCAACACCCCCGAGCAGGCGGCCGCCUCCACGUCCUCCGCCGCGGACGAUCUCGCCUACUCCGACCGCGCCAGCGACCAACCGCCUACUAAAGAAGCGGUUUCCGAUUGCGGUGCUUCAGAGGCUAGUGUGGCCUCCACAUCGAAGGUGGUGGUCGAAGUGGUGCCCGAAGACAAGGAAAACACCAGGCCGGCGCACUUAGAGCUGCUCCCACCUCCUCCCAGGAAGACUGAACGUCGGACAACACCGCAGCGACCGCCGGCGCCGACACCGGUCGCUGUGGUGAACCUGCCAUGGCCAGAGUCUGCGGAGCCACCGCCAGCGGACCCGGCGCAGGUCAACGCGAGCACGCCGCCGGCCGCACCGCUCAGCGCGCAGCACCGAGUGCAGCUGCUGGAGGAGCGGCUCGAGAAUCAGACUCAGCAAACUCGCGCGGCCGUCGCCCAGCUUUUCCUUCUGCGUGAUCAACUCGCCGCCGAACAAUCUGCGCGAUGCGAAGCACAAGCGCGCACACACCAGCUGCUGGCCCACAACAAGGAGCUGCUGGAGCACAUCGCGGCGCUCGUCGCGCACCUGCAGGAGCGCGAGCGCGGCUCCUCCAAGCCUAUCAACGCACAGCAACUCACUCUGUUGCCGCAGAAGGGUGGUGCUAAGAAGAUAACAACGCGCGUUUGCAACGGCAACGCGAACAACAGCCAAGCCAGCGUCGACUCGCUCAUCGAUUUAAUCAGCCACACCAAGAUUACUCAAAAUGUUGAGAACAACAAUGAUACCGUCGUCUCUGCCUUCAGCAGUCCGGGAUCACCCCCGAGCUUCGGAAACAUGACCAACGAGCAAAUACAAAACUAUCUCAUAGCUAAAUUCCAAAACGUCAACACCGACGGCAUUGCUGAAUCCCCAGUCGAUAAUAACAAUGGAACUCUCAAACACAGCCCGUUCUACCAGAACCGUAACGCUUUUCCCAAUGUCCCACCCGUCAUCGAUAACUUCAAUAAUGGUGACAUCACGGAUUUACUCAACAUAGAGCCAUACUCCAUACACAUUGGUGAAAAUAACCUGGAGCAAGCAAUGAGCGUAGGGCAGUCAGAAGUGUCACUAUGCAGCGCUAGCCAAGCCACGACAUCCAAAGAUUCGACGCCUGAUGCUUGUAGUUCAGAUGACGGCGUUCCGUUUAUCAUGCCCUUAUCGCACAACGGGACGCUGACCGCCACAGGAGAAGACGGACGCGUGAGGCUGAUCGUGCCCGUGAGCCCGUCGGGUAGCACUUCGGACGUGCCAGAGAUGCAGGCCGAGACGAAUCCCCAGGGAAACACCCUGACAGUACCCGGAGCGUCGGUAGCAUAUGCUGCUCCCAUCACUCGCUCAACCAGCGAAAAAGUACCGAAUCACAGCCAUAUGAUGACGGCUCUCCGACAACAAUGGACCAGGCACACAACUAAGUAAAUUAAAUAAAAGCCUACGAACAACAAAUGACGUAGGUAGUUUUGUAAGAUGCGCAAUUGCGUCUAAACUCAUUCUAGUCAAAUUAUCGAUGAUGUAAUAACCAAAAAUAUAAUUUUAAUAAGCUGUGAUUAUUGAUAAUUAGGUCGUAUAAAUUCGAAUUGCUGCAGUAGACAAACAAGAUGGGACAAGUCCAAACAUAUUUAUUCAGUUCUAAAAUACACUUUUUUUUUUAACACAACUGUCUAUAAGACCAUGUUGUUUAAAAUUCACAUAAGUAGGUACCUAGACUUAAAAACGGGAAACUGUGGAAUGUUUUAUACAAGUGACCAUUUUUCAUUGCGUCUGUGUGUGUUUAUUAAAAACAUCUGUGCCAAGUUAUUUAAUUAGUAUAGUAAAGAUACUGAUCGAAUUGUUACAAUUUAACUCUAAAAAGGAAAGACUUAUUAUUAGUUUUAUCUUCCCUAAUGUUUCAUCAUGCAUUUACCUAUUUACUCUCUCGUUUAUGUUCGAUAUAGCAUCACUAUUAAUGAAAAUUAUCAAUAUAGGUAUGUAAUUACAAAUGUUGUAAUAUUUUAUAAUAUUAUUGCAUUAAUAUGUAUAUUCAUUGUUAAGUGAACAAGGUUCUCUUUGGAGAUUGAGACUUUAUUGAAGGUGCCAAAUUAUUAGUAUAUCACAUCGAUUAUAUUAAGUGGUAUCAAACCAUUAAGCUAGUAUUCUGAAGAGUUUAUUUACCUAACUACAUAUCAUUUCCAUGUCCAAAUUACGUCUCGAUUAACUAAGAUCCACCGUCAACUAAGAUUAACAGAAUUUGACCUAUAGUUUAUAAGCAAACAUACAUAAAUCAUUCUAAUUAUCAGUAAAUCAAAAACUAACUCUAAUAUCUUUCUUUGGAGCGUUACUGUGGAUUGUAGUGACUGAGAGCAGAAUUAUGUACUCGUUGGCAUAUCGUUUUGAAAUAGUUACUUGUAUUAUUUAUUAAACGUACACGAAGUCAUGUUUAGGUAUACUGUGAAUAAUAGCUUAUUGUCCUUGAAUCCAUAUUGGAUUACCUACUUGUAGUGAGUAUGAGGCUGAAUAAAUACAAUUAUAUCAGCAUAAUUAUCAGAAAGUAACUCUAUAAAUUUUAAAGGAUAUUUUAGUAAAAAAAAUAGCGUCCCUUUUCUAUAGUGGUACCUAUAUAAAUAUACUAAAUAUUAUUUAUACCUACUCGGUCUAUGAGUAAUAUCAUAAAACGUAUUUACGAACUGAAACGAGUGUUAGUUAUAUUUAUAAAGAAAUUUAAAAUAUUUAUAUACAAAAAAAUGGUGCCAAAGAUCGCCCAUUACAUCGUAAACCCUAAUAACCCGAGAUAAUUUAAAUUUAACCAUGUAUUCUUGACGGUAUUAUGAAUAAGUAAUGUUACAUUACCAACCCAUCAACUUGUUCAACAGCUUAAGCUUAAGAAAAGUCAUAUCUAUUAAUUUAUGCUUGACGCUCCGAAUUUGCAAAUGGUUUUAACUCGUCUUUAAGACCGUUGACUGAACGAUAGAUACAUAUUUAGCUGAUGUAGACAGCAGCUUUGUGACAUUACUACGGAAAAAGAGAAUUUGAAGAAAUAGAAGUGGAUUGUCAAAGAAAACUUUGUAGCUACAGUUAAUUUAAUGCCAUUUUUCGACACGCGAUUAAAACUUUUAGAACGCCAUUUGACUUCGAUCCAAAGGCCAUCGAUUCGAGCGAUCCGCCACAACCUUUAGCCGAUGCCCGGUAAGAUGGCGCCACUUUGUGAUAUUUAACAAAUUUAUAUGUGUUAAAUAAGGUGAAAGAAUAAGGAUCAAGGUCAAAUGGCGUUCUAAAAGUUUUAAUCAUGUCUUGAAAGCUGGCAGUAAAUUUACUGUGGCUACAAAAUUUUCUUUGAUAAUCCACCUCGAUUUCAAAUUAUCUUUGCUACGGUACAAAAACUUUUUAAAGUUGCUGGUUAAUACCGAUAUGCAACUAUGCAUAUCAAAAACAAAAGACACAAUGAAUACUCGACUGCAUUGCUGACACUGGACUGACUAUGUGCUAACAACAUAGGUUUAGUAUUGUUUCUCUUUCUGAUGUGUUUGACGUAGAGAACUUUUAAGUAAGUUUUUAUAUGCGUAAACAAUGAAGACUGGAGUUACCCAGAGGCGACUCGCCUUAAUGCUUUAACUUGUAUUCAGUGAGGUAUAAGGCACUAAGUACCUACCGAGCAGCGAUGUGUUCAUGACGCAGUCGAGUUGAGAGGGGAACACCGACACCGUUAUAGGCGUUAUAGGAAUAAUAAAAUUGGUAAAUGUUAUACGUAAUCAAUAUCGAUGUCAAUAUACGUUCUUCUAGGACAGUAUUCCACUCGGCCUGGGUCUGUUGACAAGUUUUAUACACAUCAGAAGAGUGAUUUUGGAAGAUCUCUGGAUUGCUAUAACGAACUGAUUGAAAUCGGCCUUAUCUUAUACCACCUAAAUAGUUGAUGUCUUUAUUGUAUUGUUAGACACGUAAUCAUAACUUAUUUUAAGUGAAAGGAAAUAGUCAAGAAUAUCAUGGAGCAGGUUACCUACCGAAAAUUAAAACGAAUAGUCCUGAGACAGGUUUAUAGAAUUGUAGUAUUUUAGCAGAGUUUGGUUUACGGCCAAUGUUAGCUUUAAAUGAAAAUUUCUUGUGUUUACGAUAAGCCUUACUUUACUAAAUAUAAAUCUUUGUAAUUAAUUGUUGUUAAAGCAAGUUGUUCCUUUUUUGACAGAUUUUGUAUGCUUGCAAGUAGAUAAGUAUCUAAAUAACGAAAUGAAAUACAAAUAAAAAGUUAUACCAAUAUGCAGAUAGUAGUAAAAUACGAUACUUACAUAGAUAAAAGGCCAUAUCAAUCAAUAAUUGUUCUAGAAGCUUACCAUUUCUGAAUUAUCCAUAUCCAUAAAAAUUACAUAGAUGUCUUGGAUCCAUGGAUGGUUUUUUGUAAAUUAAGUUAGUAACUAUCAUGUUUAUAGUUUAUAGAACAGUUGUUUGAAUUUGUAGAAGAUACGAUUAGAACGGUGGAAGUGCUCCUCUGAACGAAAUAUAUCAAUAAUCUUUAAAUAUACCUAAUGUUAAAACUUUAUCAAUGUAUACCAAAUUCUAAAUAUUUUAAAUGUGAAGCUUUGGAUGCAAACCUGGAAAUAAAGAAUAAACUACUUGCUGAA